ACAAGUGAAGUGAGACAGAAUCAAGCAACGAUGUCAAAAUGUGAAUCCAAACGACACGUGACGUCACACGGACUCCGAGGGGGAAACAACACACGCCGCCGGGCAAUAGCUUUUUAAGGCUCACAACUGGAAUGAAAGCAAACAGCCGUGAUUCUGGCUCCCGCUCCAGUCAGUCACUCAGCGUCGCACUGUGACCGUGACUGUUCUGCUGCGGUCGUGUUUUCUUGCCGAACUUCACUUGUCCGCACUGACGGACUCAGGAUGGAGCCCGGCCGGGGAGUAAGUGCAUCGCUCUGGAAACCACUGUGAGGACCGGUACCAUCGCUGGCUGUGCUCUGGGCUAUCUGAGCCACAGCCCAUCACACCAGGACAGUAGGACACCCCACCCUCGUGUGGACGAUGCCCCUGGGGCUGGGGAGAAGGAAAAAGGCUCCUCCGCUAGUGGAGAAUGAGGAGGCGGAGCCAGUCCGGGAGGGGCUGAAUGUGACUGGAAUGGAAAGCGCAGAUGGACUUACCGGCGGAGGUAGCAUUGUACAGGGCUCUGGGCUGCCCCCCCCUCCGGCCAGCCUCCGACCUCGUCUCAUCUUCCAUACCCAGCUGGCCCAUGGCAGUCCCACAGGGCGAAUUGAGGGCUUCAGCAAUGUACGGGAGCUCUACACCAAGAUUGGUGAGGCCUUUGCCAUCACCCCAUCGGAGAUCCUGUUCUGCACUCUGAAUACACACAAGGUGGACAUGGACAAGUUGCUCGGAGGGCAGAUUGGGCUCGAAGACUUCAUUUUUGCCCACGUUAAAGGUCAGAAGAAGGAGGUGGAAGUGUUUAAGGGCGAGGACGCUUUGGGGCUCACCAUCACUGACAAUGGAGCCGGAUACGCCUUCAUCAAGAGAAUACGGGAAGGCAGUGUCAUAGAUCGCAUCCAGGUGAUCAGCGUCGGGGACAUGAUUGAGUCCAUCAAUGGGAAGAUUCUCAUUGGCUGUCGACACUACGAAGUUGCUAAGAUGCUGAAGGAGCUGCCCAAAGGGCGGAACUUCCUGCUCAAGCUGGUGGAGCCCAUGAAGGCUUUUGACAUGAUCAGCCAGCGAGGUGGCGGGGGCCGGGGGGCUGUGCUGCUGGGGACAGGGCGGGGCACUCUGCGCCUGCGGUCCAAAGGGCCCGCUACGGUCGAGGAACUGCCCACAGCGUUUGAGGAAAAGGCCAUUGAGAAGGUGGAUGACCUCCUGGAGAGCUACAUGGGGAUCAGGGACAGUGAACUGGCGGCCACCAUGGUGGAGCUGGGGAAGGACAAGCGGAACCCCGACGAGUUUGCGGAAGCCCUGGACGAGACACUGGGGGACUUUGCCUUCCCGGACGAGUUCGUGUUCGACGUCUGGGGUGCAAUCGGUGAUGCGAAGGUCGGCCGGCUGUAGCUGUGGCAGUAGCAGGGCGCAGAAGGGCAGCGUGUUUCAGUACCUGCAUCCAAGGGCAGGUACCAACAGCUAGCACUGGUGCAAACAUGCCUCUAGAUGUCACCCCGAAUCCCUCGUUGGGUGUAACUGGGUUUUGUUGCAUUCUUUUUGCUGGGAGACAAAGAAGCUGAAGAUGGAGCGAGUGUCUUAUUUUCUAAGAGUAAGAGUCCAGCCAAGUGUCUACGUCACUGCACACAGAAGGCAGACAUAGUGUUACUGAUGGGACUUUGCUUUACACUAGAGACCGCAUUAUUUACAAGGGCAGAGAAGCCGCUCCAUAACUGUGUGUGUGUCCAUCAGCACAGGGCUCCAUGUGCGUCACCUGUUGGACCUGGAAGGCGGUUCUGAGGUGGAUGCGCACAGGCUGCCCUAUAGUGCAUUCUAUCAUACUCUUCCCCGGCAAUGGUUGUACAAAUGACUAUAUUCUGUGUUUUUGACCAUGGUGAGAUGCUGAAGGGAUGGUGUGGAAGACCCACAGAGACAGUUCAUUUAGAGAGACACGAUUUUGACUGCACUUUCUUCAGAAACACUGAUGGACAAUCAGUUUAGACCGUGACCUAGUCUGAGACCCAACUGAGACAAAAUACCUCAAGCAUGACCACAAACAUAGACUGAAGAGCCACACUAAUAAAUCUUGGUCCUCACUGUGCUGUGCUGUACUGUACUGUGUUGUGGUGUGCUGCACACAUGGUUUUUCGUAUGGAACUGAAAAUGAAUCUCAAAAUCCCUUUGUCUAUUGUGUUGUUUUCCUGCUCUGCGGAUGGAAUUGAAGAAACACCCAAACAAGGUGGCCUCCGUUACUGUACGUUCAGACAUACUAACCAAACGCAAGACCCUGUGAUGCGUUGGUCACGUUUUUAAAAUUUAAAUAUCUCAAUAGUCCACACAGUUUUCUAUCUUUAUAAUGGGCUUGUUACAAUUCUUUUGAAAUUUGUGAAAUUAUCAAUUAUUUCUUGUAGUAGAGAUCAUGUUUCAGCUGGUGACUGAAUCUCAUGCAGACUGUGGCAGAUGGUGGUUUUGAUAGGUGACAGUAUUAAUUACAUUUAUAUUUACAGCACUGUUUCCAUAAUGUGAUAUUUUUUCUUAAUGGUGAACAGAGACGUUUUUCUUAGGGAGGAAAAAAUAAUAAAUGCUAAAUUAACUAAGUGUGUG